AUGCCGGCAACCAAAGGCGCUUUCCAGUUAAGUCUGGUCAACGUUCGGAGUUUCGACGGGCUGCGAGGACGAGGCAGUCAGGUCAGUGUGAAGGUGUCAAUGAAUGACCCGAGACUCGAGCCCGGAGAAGGCCCACGCACCCGCGCCUGCGACCAGUCCCACUGCGGCAAGGAGUCACCGGAACCUCUCGGAGUCUCGGGUCUAGCUGUCGGUGUCUGA